AGUCUGGUCAGUCGAAAAGCGAACUUUGAACAAGACGGACGUUGGAAAGGGUUUCCAUCCAUCAAAAUCUAUCCCCGUGUUUGUGUUUUGUUUUUGCCGGCAUUUUGGCGUAAGUGUACGCGCGCUCCUUCUCCGCGCCCUUGCCUUCCACCCUUUUCAAGUAGUGGAAUAAACCAAGCAAAGCAGCAAGGAAAAUAUAAAACAAAUUAAGCAAAUAAAAGUGACCGCAAAGGAGAACCGGUCGCAAAUCAAGUGGCAAAUAAAACACGUCAUUUUCGCUUGUAGAUCCAGCAACAGCAACAGCAGCAAGUUUGGGCUCAAGGACGUCGCCGGAGCAGCGGUACCGUAUCGGAUCGAAGGAGCAGCAGUAGGAGGAGCAAGGAGCACCAGCACCAUGUCGGAGCGCAGGAGUCACAUACAGAUGGCGCCGCCACCGCCGCCCCCCAAGCCAAACAAAUCGCAGACAGCCAAUGGAAAUGGAAAUGGAAAUGGAAAUGGCACAGUCAUAGGCACUGGUACUGGCAAUGGCAACGGCAACGGAACCCUGCCGAAUGGCAAUAAAAACUAUAACAAAAUUGUCGCAGUCCAAGACCAGGAGCCACUGGCUCAGAACUCGAGCGGCGUUCAGAGGAGCCAGUCGCCACCACGCACAGAACAGGUCGUGAUGACGCCACGCGGUAAAACGGCCAACAGCACGGUGAUCCUCAUCGAACGCAAGCUGAUCGAUGAGAUCAACGAUCGUGUCCAUGUCGCUGGCGGCGAUCACACGGGCAUCAUCAUCAACAAGGACACGGUCGCCGGGCAGAAGAGCGCCAGCAAGGCAGCGGCGCUAUCGCUGGAGUUCCGCGUCUUCCUGGUCAGCGCCAAUACGGGCAAGCAUUCGCAGGAGUCGCGCACCCUGCGCUUCUGGUUCAGGGAUUGGCUGACCAACGAGGAGAAGCAGGCCCACAUCGCCCAGGACUUCUUCAAGGAGCUGGUCAGUCCGCAGGACUUUCCCAGAGACUAUGUGGGAUUCAUCAAGAAGAUAAUGAAGCUCCUGCAGCACGGAUACUCGGAGAUCCAGUCGAUUGAGAUUGAAUUGCGCAUCCUGGAGGAGACCUCUGCGCCUCCGUCGCGACCACCCCGGGAUGGGUACAUCAUCUACUGCUACGGCGACUGCAACCGGAAGUUCGAGGAGGCGCUGAUGGCGCAGCGGAAGACAGUUUCCCUCGAGGAAUCCCAGUUCGAAUCUCCGCCGUUGACCCAGGAGAAGGUGCUGGAGCUCAUCGAGCAGGCAUAUCCCAAUCCCGUGUCCCCCGAGGAUCUGGCCAAGGACUACGGCUGGAGCGAGCAGGAUGUGCUGCUGGUGAUCAAGUCGCUGCAGGAGCGCGGUCUGAUCAAGUCGAUGGAGUACAACGCGUACACCCGCAUCCACCACGAGGACAAGGAGAUUAAGGUGGUCAAGCAGAUGCCCACGAUCGCCUCCAACAAACAGCCCACCAUCGCCAUCAUCACGGCCCAGUAUUGCGAGAAGCUCGCCGUCGACGCGAUGCUCGAGAACAAGGAGACAUUCGUCCGAUACACCACAGUCGAUUCCGAUCCCAAUCUAACGAACUCACUCAGAAAGUCCAAAAAGAAACGAAGAUUCGGCGAAUCGAAUGUGUAUACCCUGGGCAACAUUGGGGCGCACAGGAUCGUGAGCACCAAGCUACCGUCGGUGGGCAGCAAUCGGGAGGCGAUGACGGCGACGGGCAAUACCACCACCCGUCUGCUGGGCACAUUCCAGAAGGUCGACUAUGUCUUCAUCGUGGGCGUGGCCGGUGGCGUGCCCCACUACACGGACUACAAGAAGCACGUCCGACUGGGCGAUGUGGUCAUCUCGUAUGUGGACAAACAGCGGGCACUGAUCAGCAAUAGCAAAGAGAAGCCGUAUGUGUACUUGUACAAGAGCGGCGAGGACGUGAAGACCUACUUCCCGGUGAACGACUCGCUGCAGCAGAUCGCCGAGAGCCUGCAGGCCAACAUGCAGGUGAAGCGGCCGUGGGAGGACUACCUGAAUCAGGCCCAACAGGCGCUGGCCCAGAAGACGGAUGCCGACUUCAACAGGCCGGACACGCGGACGGACAAGCUGUUCAUGAACAUUGGAAACAACGAGGUGAUUGAGGUGGCUCAUCCCAUUGCCGCCGACGAAGUGGACGGUGUCAACCGGCUGCGACUUCACUUGGGUCCCAUUGGAUCUGGCAGGGAUUUGGUGAGGAGCGACGAGCUGCGCACCCAGUUCGCCAGGAAGUACGGCCUACUGGCCACCGAUGUGGAGAUGAGCAGUGUGCUGGACAGCAUCAUUGGCAACUGCAGGGAGAGCUUUAUACUGGUGAAGGGCAUCGCCGAUUACAAGGACGGCACGUCCACCAGGAAGUGGCAGAAUUUCGCAGCCAUUUCGGCGGCGUCGGUGGUCAAGUCGGUUAUCUGCGGCAUGGACGCGCCCACGAAUGUAUAGGAGGUGGGGUUUCGAAUCCCCUAUUUCCUUCGUUCCCCUCCCUGCAAUCCUAGCAUUUAAUUUGCCUUCAAUUUUCGUACCAAUCCCGAUGCGCCGUCCCUUCACUUCUGGUGGCCGGACAUGGGGACCACUAUUCGUAAACCAAAAUGUGCAUAGAUUGCAUCAUAUAUAAUGUAUGUUCGCGUAAUAUUGUAUUAAAUGAUUUCUUGUUAUUUAUUUUGUUAUAACUUUUGUACUACAAUCAAUCUAAUUUACACACAAACACUUGACGUAUAUAAACACAUAUAUACAGCAGUAAAUAAAUAUCGCAACUAAGCUUGCAAAAACUAAAA